AUGAGGGCUGCUAACCCUGGUAAUCGUAACAUACCCUCUGAUUCAUGGGCUGCUAACCCUGUGUGUUACCAACCUGUGGCUCCUGGACCUUGUAUGGCCGCCAGUAACGUAUACUAUUGUGACCCAACUUCCCACAAAUGCGGGUCUUUUAACUACGGCGGAUGCGGUGGCAAUGCUAACCAAUUUGGUAGUAGAGAGCAGUGUGUGAAAACGUGUGGA